AUGUUCAAGGGUGUUGCGGGUCAGCAUCAGGCUGAUGACCCAGCUGAGGGUGAGCGUGAGAGUCAGGGUGAAGAUGAGGCUGAGGAUGAGGCUGAGGAUGCAGACCAGGAUGAUCAGUUUGAGGGUCAGGGUUAUCAGCACCAUGAGGAGCAGGGAUCGAGUCAGACUCUAGGGACUCCACCGUUGGCUGUGAGUAAAGGCCAGAGAGUGACGAAGGAGCCCGAUAGAUUGACUUAUAGCCUUUUUCGGGCUAAAAAGCCCAAGAAGAAGUAG